AUGACAGAAUUCUCGCUCCAUCCAGACACUGACUCCUAUGCCGCCUCGGGCUAUGGGACACGCAUGGGCUGGGGAAACUUCCCAGCACUUGUUCUCAUCGAUGUCUGCAGAGGAUACUGGGCCGAUAACUCGCCUCUCGACAUCCGAUCACAUGCCCCUUCGGCUACAGCCCCAGAUGUUAUGCGCCGACUUCUUGCUGCCGCGCGACACGCAUCGAUCCCAAUAUACUGGACGGCAGUAGAGUACACGGAGCCUAAUAUGCGCGAUGCGGGCUUGUUUUGGUUAAAGGCCAAAACACUGAGUGCGUGGCAUGUUGACGACAAACGAGGCCUAGGUGAUUGGGUUGAAGGUCUGGUGCCCGACAAAGGCGAAAUGGUUGUCAAGAAACGCUACCCCAGCGCUUUUUUUGGGACAACGCUGGCUACCGAAUUGAAAGUCAGGGGAGUGGACACUGUUGUUCUCUGUGGGGUCAGCACCAGUGGGUGUGUAAGAGCCUCGACUCUUGAUGCCAUGUGCUACGGCUUUAGACCUAUGGUUGUCGGGUCUGCGUGUGGAGACAGAAGCGAUGCCAUCCACGAGGGAAACCUGUUUGAUUUGAACGCUAAGUAUGCGGACGUGGUGACGGAAAAGGAUGCAAUUGAUCACAUCUCAUUCAAUUGGCCUCAAUCCUGA